GAAUUUGAGAUUUUUAAAAUGAGGCAACAUUUUUUACAAUUUUCACAUCCGCGAGCAAUUUUCGAAAUCGGUGAACAUUGUUUUUUUUGAAUCUAUCUGAGCUUUUUAAAAUGAGGCAACACUUUUCAAAUCGGCGAACCCCUUUUUAGAUUCUCGAAUAAUCGUUUGUUUGUGAGAAUUUUUUUAAAUCCGCAAGCAUAUUCUGCUUUCACGAAUUUUCGAAGUAAACAGAAAAAUCAGAUUAUUAUUAUUUUGUUGCUAAAAAUAAGACGCAGCAAAAGACGAGCUAGAGCUAUCGAAGGAAGGCAUAGCAUGUUAAUUGGGCCGGCCUACUUACGUAGUCACGGAAAUGGAAAUUGACACAUCCACUGAUGAUAGUGCUAGCCCAAUACCGGCCCACACGGUGUGCCUCGCCCUGGUUUAAACCCAAGCUCAGCUGCGGGAAAAAAAAUAGUGGAAAUCCCCUCGCUCCCUCCUCUCCCCGACGGACGGGACGGAAGGGACUCCGUCGCGACUCUCCGGCGAGCGGAACGGCCAACAGAAGCAGGUCGAAGCUGCCCUGUGUCCACGGACGCGCCCAAGAUGCUCGACGGAAUGCCCCCUCGGUAGAAGCCAACACUCAAGCACCGUCUCCGGCGGAGAUGGACGGACUGCUGGACGAAAUCCUACCCGUCAUCGUCUCCUUCCUACCGGCGCACGACGCGGUGCGGACGUGCGUGCUCGCCAAACGCUGGCGCCACGUCUGGACCUCCGCACCUGCCAUCCGCAUCACCGCCAUCAAGGGCUUCCGGAGCGCCGACCAGUUUAACCGCUUCGUCGACCGCCUGCUCCUCCAGCGCCGCCAAGGCCUCUGCCCGCUGGAAUCAUGCGAGUUCCAUAUGGUCGAGACCGACUUUGAGUUUGAUUGGUCUGCCUGCGUCGAGCACGUCUAUCUUCACAACCUGCAGUCUGCUUUAGAUUGCCAUGUUCAGGCCCUGCGCUGCCAUUUCAUGCCCACCAACCCCACAGACUUUGCCGAGGACUUGCAAGAACCCACAGCUCCGUUCCUCUCCAACCACAUCCAAAGGCUACAGCUCUCCUUCAUCCGCUUGUCUCUCGAUUUUUCAGGCUGUCCGAAGCUAGUGGACCUUGAGAUGCACGGGUGCGUCAUACUCGCUGACAGCAUACUGUCUAAUUCCGUACAACAUCUGUCCAUGUGUUGCUGCCAGCUGUACACGCGGCACCGCACAUCGAUUUCCCUGCCACAUCUUGUUCGCCUGGACUUCACGGAUUGUUUUGGCAAGGUGCCACUCUUUGAAAGCUUGCCAUCGUUGGAGAAGGCCAUUGUUAGGAUAGGCGAGUUUACUGGCGAUGAGUGCGAUGGAAGCGAUUCAGUUUGUUGCCUCCAAGAAAAUGCAUGUUGGGAGUGCCGCUUUGCUUUUGAGUUUGACGCUGCUCGUCGGAGGAGCUACCUCUUCCAAGGCUUGUCACGAGCUUCACACUUGGAGCUGUCAGCUUCUUAUGAUCAUGCGUUCAUUUUCCAAAGGGAUUUAAAGUGGUGCCCGAAAUUUCCCAUGCUAAAGACUUUGGUGAUGGAUGAUUGGUGUUUGGAUGCUGACCUCAGUGCAGUAAUUCUGUUUAUCCAACAGUCGCCAAAUCUCGAGAAGCUCACUCUUGAACUUUUUGAGGAAUUCGACUCUUCAAUGGUUUCAGAAGGAAGUAACCACCUGCUGCCAGGGGCUGUGCCCGACCAUCUUAAGAUGGUAGAAAUCAAAUGUGAAAUGGUUGAUGUUAGAGUUAACAAAGUUCUAAAGAUCCUGACCACUUACGGCAUAUCACUAGACAUAAUCUAUAUCCGACAAGCUGAUACAAGUCCUGGAUGUUCUGCUUUUGUCUCUACUGGUUUCAACCUCAACUAGAGAUGUUUCUGUUGGUACCAAGAUUAUAUCUAUAUCACAUUGGCUUCUAGCUGUGACCUGCCAAGAUGGUUCAUUUUCACCGGGUUUUUAGAACUGUGAAGACUCAACUCUCUGAGCUGUAGAAUGGAAUGCCCUGUCAUGUUGAUGCCACAGUUGGCUUUUCUGUUGGUGGCUGUUUGUCCACCAUUUGUUCAGAUACUUCUGGAUGCGUUUAUUGAUGUACUGCUGCCGACCUGUCCUUUUUGAGCCAACAACAUCCUAUGUAGCUUUAGCGUCUGUUUAACUGGAUCCCUAGCUGUGCUAUAAAAACUAGAAUCCGAAUUGAUGCGAUCUGAAUGGAUGCUAUCUGAUUGGAUGCAUGUGUGAACUACAAGCUCAAAUACUGAAUAGAUCUUGAAUCUGAAUGGAAGAGUAUGUGAGUGUGUUACAUGUCA